CUUGACCGAGCAAUUGUUUCUUCUUUCCUUAAGCAAUGGUCUCCACUCAGCUUGUUUCCUCUCCACUUCUGCUCACACUAGCCUACUCCUUUCUUUUUCUUCUUCAACCCAAUCCGAGCAAUGCUAGCUCGCUCAAAAAAUGUAACUUUCUUAAGAUUUAUCAGUUUGGUGACUCGAUUUCUGAUACUGGCAAUUUAAUUCGACAGAAGCCAAUCGGGGCAGCCACUGUGUACGCUAGGCUUCCCUAUGGCGAAACUUUUUUCAAGCAUCCAACUGGUCGUUGCUCAAAUGGUCGGCUCAUGAUUGACUUCAUUGCUCAUGCGUCCGGCCUUCCGUUUCUUAGUCCCUACGAGAAAAAAGAUGGGGACUUCAAACAAGGGGUAAACUUUGCUGUUGCUGGCGCCACUGCCUUACCAAUGGAGGUUCUAGCCAAAAUGAAUAUCGCAAACCCAGAUACCAACAGCUCACUCAAAGUGCAACUGGAUUGGAUGUUUGGAUAUUUCAAUACCUGCAUCAAAGAGAGAGAUUGCUCAGAGAAGCUAAAAACCUCUCUUUUUAUUGUUGGAGAGAUUGGAGGGGAUGAUUACAACUAUGCAUUUCUCGAAGGAAAAACUAUUGAGGAGGUAACAACCAUGGUACCUGAAGUUGUCGGAGCUAUAAUUACUGCUGUUAAGGCAAUUAUAAGUUAUGGAGCUAUUAGGGUGGUAGUCCCAGGCAAUUUUCCGAGAGGUUGUUCUCCCCUCUAUCUAACAGCAUUUCAAACCAGUAACUCAACUGCCUACGAUGAACAUCAUUGCUUGAAAGAACUCAAUAGCUUCUCAAAUUACCACAAUAAACAGUUACAGGAAGGCAUCCAAGAAUUGAAAAGAGAGUAUCCUAAUGUAGUCAUUGUGUAUGCUGAUUACAACCAGGCCUUCCAAUGGCUUUUGAAUAAUGCGCAAUAUCUUGGUUUUGACAGCAAAUCUACGCUCAAGGCUUGUUGUGGGACUGGUGGUGAUUACAAUUUCAAUCCAACUAGAAUGUGUGGAGCUCCUGGGGUUCAGGUUUGUCAGCAUCCCAAGAAAUACAUAAGUUGGGAUGGAAUUCAUAUGACAGAUGAAGCAAAUAAGAGGAUGGCUGGAUGGCUCAUUGAUGACAUCUUGCCCAAGCUCCGGUGUUUUGUUUAAGUUGAUCAAUACUACGUACGUGGUUGUUUAAUUUGGUUUACAUUUACGAAAAUAAUUCUGGCACUCCAAUACUUUCUUGUAAAUACUCUCUAAAAUUUAUCUGAGCAUGUUUACAGGAAA